AUGCUUUCUCUUGGGGGAAAGGAGGUACUCCUUAAGUCGAUUGCAACGGCUCUCCCAGUGUAUGCGAUGUCCUGUUUUAGACUCACUAAACACCAUUGCCAAAAGAUCAUGAGUGCAAUGUCUGCUUUCUGGUGGAAUGAGAGUGGUGAUAAGAAGAAAAUCCAUUGGAUUGCAUGGGAUAAACUCUGCGAAUCAAAGGCGAAUGGAGGUCUUGGGUUCAGGGAUGUUGAAGAUUUUAAUCAGGCUCUGUUGGCUAAACAAGCUUGGAAGCUAAUGAAUGAACCUAACUGCUUGCUCGCAAAGAUCUUCAAAGGGCGCUACUAUGCAAAGACAAGUUUCCUAGAUGCAGGAAAAGGUAACAGACCUUCCUAUGCCUGGAGAAGCAUAGUCUUUGGGAGGGAGCUACUACGUAAAGGACUUCUCAAGUCUAUUGGUAAGGGACUAAGCUCGUACGUGUGGGUGGAUAAAUGGAUCAUGGAUGGCGAGCCUCGCAGACCCUUUUCCAAGCAAAUCCUUUUUGAUGUGAACCUCAAAGCCUUGGAGUUAAUCGAUCAGAAUGGACAGUGGAGAGUGGAGAUGUUACAUGAUCUAUUCCCAGAGAAUGAGGUCAAGCGAAUUCUUUCUCUUCAGAUAGGGGGCAGAGAGGAUAAAUUCAUAUGGGCAUACACAAAGCAUGGAGCCUAUUCUGUGAAGAGUGGUUAUUGGCUACUAGCGAACAAAGAGGCAGAAAGCAUUUCAAAUAGGACGGCUCUGGAACAACAAGUGCUAAACUUAAAGUGUCGGGAACUAUGGCAACUGUCGCUCUGCCCUAAACCAGCGCAAGGUUUCAGCGUAACCUUAGAAGAGAACUUGGCUUUCCUCUUCGACGCCAUGGAUAGCCACCUCUUCGACGCCAUGGAUAGCCAGGGGCAUGGAGCAGUGUGUGUUCGGUCCCUCCCUUGGCUGUUGUUGAACGUGUGGAAGAACAGAAACUCGAUCUUAUAUGCAGCGACACAGAAAUCUCCUACAUUUUGGGUGAGUAAUGUUGAGGAAGAGGCAAAAAUCUGGGAGAAGGUUAAUAAAAAAGCCCAAAACAUGAAGGUGCAGGAUUCUAUGUUAGGAGAUCGUGAGUUUUGGUGCUCCCCUUCACCAGGAGUGGUUAAAUGUAACGUCCAUAUUAAUUGGAGAAAUGGAGUGUUGCAGAGUGGGGGAGCUUGGAUUGCAAGAGACCAUACUGGUAACGUCUUAUUUCAUGGUCAUGACGCGUUUACUUCAUCCCCAAGUCGUCUGAUUGCUGAAUUGAGGGGUAUAAUUUGGGUUCUCCGCAGCGCGAGAGAUCUUCAUUUUGAGUCAAUAUGCAUAGCUUCAGAUCACGAAGACACUAUUGAAGCGAUCUUUUCUCCUUCUUUAUGGCCACGAUAUAGGUCCUUGUUGGAGCAGGUUGCAGCUCUUUGCAUUCCUUUUGCUUCUGCCUCAUUUGAAGCUGAGAAAAUCGGUAAUAAUUUGAUAGCUCGUGAUAUCGCGAAGAGUGUUCUGCGAGAUGGGCGUCUGCAGUCUUACCUUGCCCUAGGCGGACCAGCAUGGCUUCAUCAACGCAUAAUCCGAGAAGCAUCUAGACAAGACUAA